AUGGACAACUCAGACUUCAGACUACGCCUCGGCAUGGAUAGAUAUCUUCGAUGCAGUCUUCCGUACGGCGGGCUCCCAAGCAAGGACUCCCCGCAGAUGGCCUUCUUCGACGCCGCCACCGAGGGCGACCUUCCCCGCCUCAGGGAGUUGGCGAUCGGCAGGGACGCGGAGGAGAAGGCCUGGCUUGCCGAUGUGUGUAUCCUCGGUGGGGGGCCGUUUCAGAUGGCGGCACGCCUGGGGAAUCUGGAUGUCAUCAGGUGCCUGGUGGAAGAGUUAGGCUUUGACGUCAAUGCUGGUAGCCAAGAUGGCAUGACUGCUUUGGCUAAUGCUGCCAUGGAUGAAAGGAUAGAUGUUAUGGGGUACCUUCUGGACCAUGGGGCUGAUCCAAAUAAGCAAGACAAUUUAGGCUUUGUUCCUCUUCAAUGUGCUGCCAAAAAAGGACGCGAUGAAGCAGCGAAAUUGUUGCUAUCUAGAGGAGCUAGUGUUGAUAUAGCUCCUCAUGAUCUGACACCACUACAUUUCGCUGCUGGCUAUGGGAUGACUGGUGUCAUGAAAGUUCUAUUGGAGCACCAUGCAGAUCCGAACAAGGUCUCAGACGCUGGAAGAACUCCGCUGACUGAAACACUUUAUGCCACUCGUUCAGGACUACCUGAAUCUCUUUCACUGGAGUGUGUGAAGCUGCUUGUGGAGGCAGGCACGGAUGUAAGUUCUGCUAAUACUGAAACACCGUUGGUAAUAGCAACUAGUUAUGGCUUAACUGACUGCGUCAAGUACCUGUUGAAGGCUGGUGCAGACCCUAAUAUCCCACAUAUUAAUUGUGGUGCCAUGCCAAUAGAACUUGCUGCAACCAUUGGAAAACGGCAGCUUGUGGAGUUACUAUUUCCUUUAACUUCUCCUAUUCGAACUGUACCAAACUGGACCGUUGAAGGAAUUAUUGCCCAUGCCAAAAGGCCUUCGAAGUCCACGGUUAAGCAUGAUAAAAAUACAAAAGUUCAGUUGAAAUCAUUUUGUGAGAAAGCUAUUAAGAGAAGGGACUAUCAUGGUGCGUCAUUAUUCUACACUGAGGCAAUUGAGCUAGAUCCUACCGAUGCGACACUGUAUUCAAAUAGGAGCUUGUGUCAUCUGCAGACUGCUGAAGCAGAGAAGGCUCUGCAUGAUGCCAACACUUGCAUCAAACUGCGCCCUGAAUGGAUCAAAGGUUACUACAGGAAAGGAGCCGCUCUCAUGUUGCUCGAGGACUAUAAAGAAGCUUGUGAUGCAUUCAUGGCUGGCCUGCAGCUGGACCCUGGAAAUGCUGAGAUGGAGAAAGCGCUGCGGGAGGCGGUUCAGGAAAUGAAGAAGGAUCACUUGGCUAGGAAGGGCCUCAAGCGAUCCGACUAG